UUACCAGGUUUACCUGGAAGCUGGCGUUGCCCGGCAACAGCGUUAUAAACGCCACGGAGUUCGUUGGAGCCGUUUAGACUCGCUGCAGAAUCGUUAGAGAGACGGAAAAACAACCCUCUGCCGGACCGGAGCUUCUUACUACCGAUAAAAAUGUCGAGCCGGAAUCCGUACCCUUCAACAAAAUAUGAAAACGACUUGACUCUGGGCGGAUUCAAGCCGCAGCAGAUUACUUAUAAAGAACCAUGUCACAUUACCCAAACAGAGGAGCCCUGGAGUCGCCUCCACAACACCGCCACACUGGCCAGCACCCAACGGAGAGCCAUCCAUUACAGGCCUCAAGCUCAAAACAGCAGUCUCGACUUCCACCUUAACUCCAUCUACGACCACCAAAGAAACCUUUUCUGGGACAGCAACCAGAUUGUAUACCAGAAGGAGACCGUCUUAGGAUACAGAAAAAGGGAAGUGUAAGAACGACAUCAGAGGUCCUACAUUUACAGCAUUAAGU